CUUGUAUCGUCCGGAUCAUAUUCAAAUACAAUUCUUGGCAUUAAAGACGGUUCUACCUUUAGAGAAAGAAGUUUUUACUAUGAGAAAUUAAUAAACGCAACAUUUAAGCCAGUACUUGAUAGAUCAAUUAACUUUCUGAUGUCGUUCGACUUCUUCUUUUAUUUAACAUUAAAAGGAAGAGAGUUUAAAUCAACCAAGAAAGCUUUAAGAAUAUUAACAAAAGAGAUAAUUGCUGAAAAAAUCCGACUACGUAAAGAGGAACAAAACAAUAUCGAAAAUAAUGGAAAUCCAAAAUCUCUGUUGGACUUUCUCUUGGAUGCUAGAGAUAAAAAUCCAGAAUUCACUAUUGAGAGUGUCUGUGAAGAAAUCGAGUUUUUUCUUGGUGCUGAGACUAUGAGACUUUACCCAACUGUUCCUGUGUUUUCUAGGAAAAUCAAAAAAUCUAUAAGAUUGGGAGAUAAAGAAUUUUCCAAAGACUGGAUAUUCGUUGUUUCUAUUUACCAUCUUCAUCGCAAUCCAAAUGUCUUCGAAAAUCCAAACGUUUUCAAUCCUCAAAGAUUUUUACCUGAGAAUUUUUCCAAACGACCACCUUACUCUUACAUCCCGUUUUCGGCAGGACCCAGGAUGUGUCUGGGGAAUCGAUCGGCCAUAAUUUAAUGGCCUAUAUAAAUUAAUAUUAAACUGAUUCUGGCAACUAUCUUAAGAAAGAUGAAGAUAAGAUACGUGGAAAA